GAGAUGGACGACGUCGCCAUUGACGUACGUUGUUCCAUUCUCUCAGUCCAGGAAGAGAAGGCAUCAGUUCUCGCAGUGACGAAGAACAGCGGCCUUCACGACUUUGCCUUUGACCGCGUCUUUGGGGAGCGCAGCAGUCAGCCACAAGUCUACGAAGCAGCGGCGCGGCGCCUGGUGAUGGAGUUCUUGAAUGGAACCAGUGCCAGCAUCAUUUGCUACGGUCAGACAGCCAGUGGCAAAACGCACACUAUGUUUGGACCUCCAACCACUGGCCAACUGACAGUCGCCGACCACCAAAUGCAAGGUCUUGUUCCAAGGACCUGUGCAGAGGUCUUGCAGGCAGUUGACCACUGGCGCUCACGCGGGCUUGAAGUUCGGCUGAGUGCCAGCUAUGUGGAACUUUUCGGAAGUGAGGUUUCUGAUCUUCUUCGGGAGGGCCGAGUGGUGGGCCAACAUCGUGAAGGGCGCUACUCUGCAGUGCGUGCGACCGAUCGAGUCGGCCAUCGCUAUGUCUUGGACGGGCACACUGAGUGGCACAUUCAGUCACUGGAGGAGUUGCAAGAGCUGCUGGAGCACGGCGAUGCUGCGAAGCGCCGUGCUGCCACUGCCAUGAAUGAGCGCUCCACACGUGCACACACGGUCUUUGUUCUGUCCUUGCAGGUGAGGAAGGACAUGGAUUCCGCCGAUGCAACAAUUCGGCAAAGUCGUUUUUAUUUUGCAGAUCUUGGCGGUUCUGAACAGCUUUCGAAGAGCAAAGUGGAUGCUGCAACGAAAGCUCCAGUACUGGAGUACAAUCUCCAUCGGCAGAGGGUUUAUGAGACCCUAAACAUCAACAAGGGUCUCUUCUCGCUGAAGCGUGUCAUUGAGGCUUUGCAUCAAAGGUGUCGGAUGGCCCAAGAAGGUGUACCUACCCAUGCCUUGCCAUAUGUGCCAUACCAAGAUUCGAAGCUGACGAUGCUUUUGCAAGAAGCUUUGGGAGGUUCGGCUCGAACUUUGAUCAUCACCACUGUGACCAUGGAUCCAUCACACGCAGAGGAGUCUUUACAAACCUUGCGCUUUGCUGAGACCUGUGCUCAAGUGCAGAAACGGCGAGAAGCUGACCAGGCAGCAUCAAUUACACUUGCCUUGGACAAGAUCGAGCAAGAGAUCCAGGCGUUGCAAGCAGAUAUUGCCCAGAAGGAGCGAUGGGAAACUCGAUUUCUACGACGUCAGGAUCGAGACACCGUGGCAGGUGCUUUUGGUGAAGGAAUGAUGGUGGAACGUACCGAAGUCGUACCAACCAGCGUCCUGGUUGGAGCUGAGGCUGAACGUGAGCAGCUGGAAGCUCUCUUGGAACGCCAAGCUGAGUUGAAAGGUCUUUGCAGCAUGGUGGACUUUGGAAAGGACUACCGCAGUAUGCGGCUUCAAGACACCAAAGGAGCCACUGAUGGUGGCAGAGGGGAGGAUUUCCGUGCCGGUCAUUUCAGUGCUCGAACCAAGGCCAAAGACUUUGAAGAUGAGGCAGUUUUGGCGGAUGCCCUGCGUUUCUUGUUCCGCAGCUGUAAAGACGCAGAACGGGUUUUUGGUGAAUUGAAGGCUCGGACAAGGCUGCAGAGAAAUGAGAUCCCGGAAGGUUAUCACAAGGCGGCGCGCGCCAUGCGUGAACAUUGGGAGGAUCAAGUGGAAAAGGGACAAGAGCACAGGAGCUUCGGAAAGGCUAUGCUAGAUCGUUGUACAGCAUGGAGAGGCGCAUUCAAACAGGACACGUCCAGUAGAGAUGCAGCGCUCUCCAAACUGGUCCAAGAGUGUGGCCUCGCUCAUCCGAAGUCAUCCGAAGUCAUCCGAAGUCAUCAAGCCUUCGUCCAUAUUUUACAAGGCACGGUGCUCCCGGCUCUUUCAGAAUUGGUGCAGCAGGUUCUGGAGUCCAUCAAGGUGCCGCUUGAUUGCAACCUCUACCAUCUGAAUGAGCUCUUUGUUCUUCGCCUGACUGCGAAAGAGGUUUGCAGCUUUGUCGAGUUGGUAAUGGAUGCGCCACAGGACCCUGUUUGGUUUGUCUCUCACUGGUGGGGCACUCCAUGGCGUGACAGCCUUACAAUGUUGAGCUUUCACUCUCAAGUUCAUGGGCUUUCAGAAGCCAGUCCCUACUGGAUUUGCACCUUCGCAAACAACCAGCACAAUUUGGAGGAGCUCAACACCUCGGACCUGUUGGACACUCCCUUCGUCCGCGCCAUCAUGAGCUCCAGCUGCAUGGGCACUGUGAUGCUGAUGAAUGAAGAUGCGGAGCCUUUCCGAAGAACAUGGUGUACGUUGGAGAAUUUCAUCAGCACUCAACAUGUGAAGAAGAAGUCUAGGCCUCACCUCUUCGAGGUGGCUGCUGUGGUGCAAGAAGGCCGGCAAAAGAUCACUGUUGGAGAGGAGCAAGUGAGGGUUCCCAGAUGUCCGGCUUUGCUUCAGCAAGGAGACGCGGAUGGAGGAUUCGUUGACAAGGCCGGCUUUGAGGGUGCGUGGUUUCCAAACGAGGUUGCGUGCAGUGGAGUCAAAGUGGACAUUGCCACUGCAGCUGCCUCCAAUGAGGACGACAAACGCAACAUUUUGCGUCUCAUCAUUGGAGAAACCGACUGCCGGAAAAUGCCGCAGCCCCCUGAAUUCCAUGAGAAGUAUGACGAGGUCAAUGUUGCCAUCCACCGGGUCUUUGCACCCAUGGCAUUGCACGAUGCUGCGCAGGAUGGCAAUGUCCAAGAGGUGGAACGUUUGCUGUCCGCUGGGUUGGUGGACUUGGCAGGGAAGCCGACUCGGAACUCUGCUGGUGAGACGCCGCUCUUUGCGGCAUGCGCAAAUGGGCGUGCCGAGAUGGUUCAGCUUCUGCUGGAGAAACGUGCGGAUGCAAAUUUGACGAAAUCAACAGAUGGCAUGAGCCCAGCAUCUGCCGCUGCAGCUGGGCGACAUGAGGAGGUCUUGGACUUGCUGCUUGAAGGGAAGGCAGACCCGAACUUGGCCAGCGCCGAUGGUGGCACGCCACUCUUCAUGGCCAUCCAGGCAGGUCAUUACAAUCUUGUGGAGCGGCUCCUGCAAGCCCGAGCAGACCCCAAUGGUGCUGACAGAAGUGCGCAGACACCAGUGCAGUUCUUGACCCUGGCGCUCUUGCACAAGGGUGAGUCUGACCACGAUUUUGAACACGCCUACGAAGCCCUCGAAAAGGUCCUGCGUGCAGGUGCAGAACCGGAUCGGGUGAACGACAGCAGCAAUGCAGCCGCCCUUCUUGCAGCAGCGGUUAAUGACAGCACCGACGCUUUGGAAUUGUUACUGGAUGCAAGGGCAGAUCCAAAUCAACGUGAUCCGGAAUAUCAGGCCCCGGUCUUGUCGUGGUCCGCGCAAAAUGCCAACGUGGAUGCAAUCACUGCAUUGAUUAAUCAUCGAGCAGAUGUCAAUGCAGUCUCAGGAGGCGAAACAGCUCUGGACAUCACCAAGGGCUUGCUUGAAGCCACGGAGUAUGCGAAAGCCUGCUUCGAGGUCUUGAAAUCUUCAGGCGCCAAGGAGUGCCAAGACCUCACUGGAUGAGCGACAAACCCUGUGGUGUAGAUUAGUUCGAAUAGCUGGUUUAGAUCCUUUUUCCAAGACAGUCAUAGACUGUCGAACUCAACCGUUAAUGCCAUGCCCGUUGAAGUCUCGUGCUCCUUCGCUUCCCUUGCUGUAGAUUUUCU